AUGGCAAUGAACAGGGAAGUAAAAAGUGCCCCAGUCGACGAGCACCUCCUUGAGGCAGCACCAGAACCGACCAGCCCUCCCGGUGAGGCCGGCUGCCCGCGCAUCGUGAGCCGCGCAGAGUGGGGCGCUCGCGAGCCGACGGCGCCCCCAGACAACAUGACGGCCAGCGCCGUGCCGUACGUGGUGGUGCACCACGGCGGCGCCAGCCGCGGCUACUGCUACGACCAGGAGGCGUGCGCCGCCAUCGUGCGCUCCUACCAGGACCUGCACAUGGACACCAACGGCUGGGACGACAUCGGGUACAGCUUCAUCGUCGGAGAAGACGGCAACGCCUACGAGGGCCGAGGCUGGGACGCCAAGGGAGCGCACGCCCCCGGCUACAAUCAGCAGAGCAUCGGCAUCUGCAUCAUUGGGGAGUUUUCAGAGCGACUGCCCAACGACGCGGCCCUGCGGGCGCUGCAGCAGCUGAUGUGGUGCGGCGUGGCGCUGGGCGAGCUGCGGCCCGGCUUCGAGGUGCUGGGCCACCGCCAGGCCAGGAACACCACGUGUCCGGGGGACGCGCUCUACGGCUGGCUGCAGCGGCUGCACAACUGGACGGCGGACCCGCAGCCCUGCGUCGACGGCGAGUGUCCGGCCGCAGACAGCCGCGGGUCGGCGUGACUUCCACACACGCUGCCGCCUGCAAAGACUUGCCCUUAACAGGGAACUGGAACUACCCCAUUCUUAGCAUGCGAAUUACGUGAAUUCUCAUUGUGCGUUGAGGCACAUUUGCCCUAUCGUCAGAUUCUGCAAAAUGCAAAUAUAUUUCAGAUAAUAAUUUUUGGAAUGAAAGGGAGGCUUACCAAAUCUAUUGCGAUUAUUAUCUGUUCUCUUGUACAGCUGUUACAGCUUGAUGGGCAUCUGGG